AUGCUCUUCCAAAUUUCCUUGUUUAUUUUUCUUGCCUCCGUUGAAACCGCCCUUGCAGCAACUGCGGAACAGUGGCGAGGCCGUUCGAUUUACCAAAUUGUUACAGACCGCUUUGCGCUGCCCUCCGGUGCGAGUCCGAAUGCCUGCGACCCAGGUCAACAGACGUGGUGCGGCGGAAAUUGGAAUUCGAUCCGGCAGAAUUUAGACUACGUCCAAAACGCUGGUUUCACUGCGAUUUGGAUCAGUCCCGUCAACCAAAAUUAUGAGGGACCAAGGUCAGCUUACGGGGACCCCUACCACGGUUACUGGAUGGCAGAUGUUUCCAAGCUGAACAGCCGCUUUGGCACUGCGGACGACCUCAAAGCAUUAUCCGCCGAGUUACACCGUCGGAAUAUGUAUUUGAUGGUCGACAUCGUCGUCAAUAAUGUAAUGGCAACCUCUAAAACACCGGAUUAUUCAACCUAUCUGUUCAAAGAUGCGUCCAUGUAUCACCCCUACUGUCCUAUUCAGUGGGGAAAUACAACCAGUGAACAAGAGUGCUGGCUGGGCGACGACAAAGUUCCUUUGCCGGAUGUUGACACAAGGAACCCUACCGUUGUUGCGCAGUAUGGCGACUGGAUCCAAGAUCUCGUCAAGGAAUAUAACAUCGAUGGCCUUCGGAUUGAUGCUGCCAAACAUGUGAAUAUUGAUUUUUGGCCAGGCUUUUGUGCAAAAGCCGGCGUGUUUUGCAUGGGAGAAGUCUUUGGCGGUGCGGAAGUCGACCCCAUCGCUAUGUAUCAAGGUCCUCAGGCAUUGGAUUCUGUACUCAAUUUCCCCAUGUACUCUGCCUUAUUAUCUGGUUUUUCGAUUCCGGGGCCUCAAAAUAUUUCUGCUAUCGUCGACGUUUUCCAACAGUCUCAGGACACGGGUUUACUGGGAAACUUUUUGGAAAACCAGGAUCUUCCUCGUUGGCGCAAUCUAUCGGUGGACCCUCAAAGCAUGUACAACGCCAUGGCGUUUAACUUUAUGUCCGAUGGCAUUCCCGUUGUGUACUAUGGGCAGGAACAGGGAUUCAGCGGAAACGCGGACCCUUUUAAUCGCGAGCCCUUGUGGCCUUCGAAUUAUACCCUCACACCUGCAUACGAACUUAUCACAAACCUUAAUAUGUUACGCAACUUCCUCGUCAACACGACGGAUUGGGCAAAACAAGGAACCCAGAUCUUGACAACCAGUCCAUAUGGGAUAGCGAUCAUGAAAGGGCCAGUGAUUUCUGUUCUCACAAAUAUUGGUUCUCCCCCUCAAAAUGGAACUCAUAUCGCGGCCAAGACACCUUACCCAUCAUCCACUGCUCUGACCAACAUUCUCACAUGCCAGCAAUGGGCAGUUGGUUCUAGUGGGAUGAUUGAUACUCAGUACACACUUGGGGGUGUUCCUAUCAUCCUCAUCCCGAGUAAUUUGCUUGUCGGGUCUGGUCUUUGUGGGACUCAACUUGCGGCAACAGCCAAGGCUGGCGGCAAGGCUGCCUCGCUUGCGUCGGUUGCCCGCCCAGCAUUUUCGCUUUCUAUAAUACCUUUAGCUCUGAUGUGGUCUGUCCUACUAGUUUUCUGUUUCUUCUCAUCUUGA